CUUACUCAAGCCCUUCUACGAAGCCUUUCCAUAUUGCGUUCCGUCUGCAAAAUGAAGCUUGUAUUCUCUUUCGCCGUAGUGCUUCUCGCGUCUGCCGCCAACACUUUCACCUGUCCCCGAGGCUCGACCGGAGAAUGCUGCCUCUCGCCUGUUGAUAUCCAGACUGUUUGCGUCGAUGCAACGUUUACCGACCCGUCAGCCAGUAUACCGGACUACCAGUGUAGCUCAAAGAGCAUGAUUGCAAGGACUCCAAGAUGCUGUGUGAAGAAUAAUGGUGAUUUCUAUUGCCGCGAAUUUGUGUGAAGUGUCGGGAUCCUUGUGAUGAGUGUGGCUUGCGUUGAAACCCAGCCCUAGAAAGACAACUACGAUUCUAUGCAACUUUCACAUUCAUAUCAAC